CCUCUUGCUGAAGCAGAAAAUGAAAGUUAGCUGAUCUCGUUUCACUGAAAACGAGAGUUAAGCUGUUCUAGUUUGACUUCUUUUCGUAAAGCUGGAAUUAGAGCACAGGUGAACACUUAGGCUUAAUUGCUUGUAUUUGUGCCACCAGAGACGACCAAUCCAUCCCUGAGACUGAAGAUCUGAAAGACUGACGGAAGAACGGAAAUACUCAGGACUGCUGUCCUUCAGGAAGUCAUAGUUAGGAGGCAUCUCUUCUCUCUGAUUUUACUAGUCUUUACUGUGAGUUAAGAAAAUGGCUUCCAAGCUUUCCCUCAUUGAAGUGGAUUUCUCCUGUCCUGUGUGCUGUGACAUCUUCAAGGAUCCUGUCAUAAUGACCUGUAGUCAUAGUGUGUGUAAAGUCUGUCUGCAGAAGUUCUGGGAAGCCAAAGGGUCAAGAGAAUGUCCAAUUUGCAGGAAAAGAUUCACACAAACUCAACUACCCCCUAACUUGGCCUUAAGGAACUUGUGUGAGACCUACUUACAGGAGAGAAGUCAGAGAGCUUCAGCAGGGUCUGAGGAGCUCUGCAGUCUGCACAGUGAGAAACUCAAGCUCUUCUGUCUGGAGGAUAAACAGCCUGUGUGUCUGGUGUGUCGAGACUCAUUGGAACAUCUGAAUCACAACUUCAGACCUGUUGCUGAGGUAUCAAAGCAAUUCAAGGAGGAACUUAGGAUACAGCUGGGCAAGCUGAAAGAAAACAUGAAAACACAUGAAAAAAUUAAACGCACCUUUGAUGUAGCAGCACAACACAUUAAGACACAGGCCUUAAACACUGAGAGGCUGAUUCAGGAGGAGUUUGAGAAGCUUCAUCAGUUUCUACGAGAUGAGGAGGCAGCCAGGAUAACAGCACUGAGGGAGGAAGUGGAGCAGAAGAGUCAGAUGGUGGACAUCUCAACACUUUCAGACACAAUCACAGCAUUAGAACAGGAGCUGAGAGCUGAUGACAUCACAUUCCUGCAGAACUGCAAGAGCACAGAGAAAAGAGCCCAGUGCACACUGCAGGAUCCAGAGAGGGUUUCAGGAGCUCUGAUCAAUGUGGCAAAGCACCUGGGCAACCUGAAGUUCAGAGUCUGGGAGAAGAUGAAGGAGAUUGUUCAAUACACUCCUGUGACUCUGGAUCCCAACACUGCAUCCAAAUGGUUCACCGUGUCUGAGGAUCUGACCUGUGUGGGAUAUGGUAGUGUGGAUUCUCUUCCUGAUAACUCAGAAAGAUGUAAUAGGCAUGCAACUGUCCUGGGCUCUGAGGGCUUUAAUUCAGGGACUCACUGCUGGGAUGUGGAGGUUGGAGAGAGCACAUGGUGGGAGGUGGGCGUGAUGACAGAGUCUUUCCAGAGAAAGGAAGAAUAUAGUAGUUAUGAGAGUGGACUGUGGUUUGUGUAUUAUAGCGGUGGUGAAUAUAUAGCACGUGCUCCACCUCAAGUCUUCACUCCCCUCACAGUGGAGCAGAAACUCCAGAGGAUCAGAGUGCAGCUGGACUGGUACAGAGGAGAGCUGUCAUUCUCUGACCCUGAUAAUAACACACACCUACACACUCUCACACACACUUUCACAGAGAGAGUGUUUCCAUUCUUUUUUAAUAGUGAUAACUUUCCUUUGAGGAUCCUACCAGUGAAGGCUUCAGUGAUGGUAGAUCAGCACUGCAACAGCUAUGAUCACAGCAUGGUCACAGAUCACUGACUAUGUUAAUCUCGUUGUCUCUAUUUUCUGUGUGGUUGAUUUCAUGGGCACUUAUUUGAUUUCACAUAAUAUGUGUAAUAUCCUGGCAUGUUAUGUAGAGUAUCUACUAAUAUGUGCAAAAUGGCUGUAUGCAAGCCCUUAUUACAGCUUCUCUCAAUUGCUAAAACACUAAAACCCACUGGCUGAGCAGUUCUUAGUUGCCUGAACUCAUUUAGCUUGUUCAGUCUGUUGUCAAUACCUUAAACCA